CUCAGCUCGGGCUAUUCAAACACCUCCAGCUGAGGUAAGCACCCAGCUUGUUUGUUCAGGUAAAUAAGGAAGGAAUUAGAUAUAAUGGGCACAGGAGGCAUUGGGUGAGCACCUUGCACUCUGGCUGUCGGCUGCGCUCUCACAUACCCCUGCACGGCCGCCGGCUGGCUUCACCCCCCCACUGCCCUCCGAGGUGCCCUGUCCUCCUCCCUGUCCCUGUCCCCGUCCCUGUCCCACUGGUGCCCGCCGAGAGCCGAUGUGGCUCGGCCCGGCCGCCCUGCUGCCGCCACCGGGGUGGCGUUGAGCCGGGCAGGGUGCUGCUGGCCACCCUCCCUGCCGGUGCCGGGGCACCUCGCUUGGAGCCAUGCUCGCCCCGGCCACCGUGCCGAGCCACGCGGGGACACCUCUUCCCACCCUACGCCAGGAGCCAUGCGGUUUCUGAGCCACCCCAGCACCCUCAAGGUUGGGAGCUGAGCGGAGGGAUGGGCAGCACCAGCCCCGGAGUGACCGCUCUGCCCCACAGCUGCCUGGCCCGGCCGGACCCUGCCCUGCUGCCCCCCCCCCGGGACCCCGACACCCAGAGCUGGGGGUGCCCGGAGAGCCCCAGCCCCCCCGCCACCCCCGAGCAGCCCCUGCCUACCUUCUGCCUGCACUACUUCGACAUGCUCUACUCGGAGGACAUCGCCUGGGCCACCAAGGGCGUGGGGGAACCGUCCCAAAGCGGGGCCCAGGGGGGGCGAGGGGAGGCGCAGAAGGAGCCGGAGCAAUGUCCCAUCAUCGACAGCCAGGGCCUGGGGCUGGGGACCGAGGGGGGGGACCUUCAGGCCAGCCUGCACCUGGAGGAGCACUCGCUGGAGCAAGUGCAGAGCAUGGUGGUGGGCGAAGUGCUGAAGGACAUCGAGACGGCCUGCAAGCUCCUCAACAUCGCUGCAGACCCCGCGGACUGGAGCCCCGGCAACGUGCAGAAGUGGAUCCUGUGGACGGAGCACCAGUACCGGCUGCCGCAGAUCGGGAAGUCCUUCCAGGAGCUGUCGGGAAAGGAUUUGUGUGCCAUGUCUGAGGAGCAGUUCUGCCAGCGCUCGCCCGCCUGCGGUGACAUCCUGCAUGCCCACCUCGACAUCUGGAAGUCUGCUGCCUGGAUGAAGGAAAAAGCUGCCCCGGGGGACGUCAGAUAUUGCGGAGGUGAUGCCAGCUGGGCGGACAGCGAGGUGGACUCAUCCUGCGCCGGCCAACCCAUCCACCUCUGGCAGUUCCUCAAGGAGCUGCUGCUGAAACCCCACAACUACGGCCGCUUCAUCCGCUGGCUCAACAAGGAGAAAGGCAUCUUCAAGAUCGAGGACUCGGCACAAGUGGCCCGUCUGUGGGGCAUCAGGAAGAACCGCCCGGCCAUGAACUACGACAAGCUGAGCCGCUCCAUCCGGCAGUAUUACAAGAAAGGCAUCAUCCGGAAACCCGACAUCUCCCAGCGCCUCGUCUACCAGUUUGUCCACCCCGUCUGAGUGGUGGCAGAGGGACAGGCUGAGCCCCGGGAGGGACAGGGGACCUUCACUGCCCUCCUCUGCCUCCCAGCCACAGAAACCAUCUUCCAGCGCUAAGGACCACGGCUGGGGUGCUGAGAGGCUUGAUUACCCUCCCAGGACCUGCUGGCAAUGGACUGUGGGACCCCCUUCACCCCUCCAGCCUUGGAGGGGAGGGAUGAGCCCCCAGAUGAGGGACCACCACCCUCACCUCCUGCGAGCGCUCCCAGUGCGGGGUGGACGUGGACUUUGGGGCUGGUGGAGAAGGUGUGGGGUUGACUGGGGUGAGAUAAAAGCAGAUGGAUCUGUGGGUGUCACAAGGGCUCCCCGCAGCCUCAGUGUCUUUCGAGCAGGGAUCAAAGUGGGGUGCGUGGUCACCCAGAGGAGGAGCUGGGGGGACACAGGUGUCCUGCCCCCAGGUCUCUUGCCCCCUGGCACGUUGUCCUCUCACCCCACAGCUCCAGGGCAUUGUCAGGACACAGGGGCCAAGGGCACGUCUCAGUGGGAGACCCCAAUAUCCCCGUGGCACCGUGACCUAGGGCUGCUUUGGGGGCUGGAGGUGAGGAUGACAUCGUUGGGGUCCUUCCAGACAGUUCCUGUCCCCGUGCCACCACCGGCCUGGCUGUGGGACCAGCUGCCCUCGGUGCCCAUCAGGAGUGACCCUCUGUGCUGGAUUUCCCCCAACGAGCAGCCCCUGGCCCUCAGCCCUGUCCGGGGUUGGGGGCAGCAUGGCCGGGGGGGGGGUCUGCCCUUUGCUGCACCCCAACCCUCAGCUGCAAAGAAAGGGGCUGCCCCAGUUUCAGGCGCAGGGGACAGUGGCUGGGGUCAUCCCUCCCUCCCUCCCGGGUGGGCGCUGGCUGUGGGUGGCUUCGCCCCGGCCAUUGUUCGGGGAGGACAAAGCCCAGGCAUGUGAGCAGGGACAAUGGCCCCCAAAGGGACAAUGGCCCCUGCAGGGACAAUGGCCCCCAGGGACAAUGGCACCCACAGCUGCUCCUCAGCUGGGCUCCCUCUGACCCGAUCUGUGCGGGAGCAGCCUGGCACCGGCGGCACCGCAGCCCCCAGGGGUGCUGCCAGCCACGGGAGCUGGGUAACUGGGGACCACGGGCAUCCCCUUGGGGUGGGUGCAUCCCCCCUCUUUGCUUCCUGCUCGGCUUCUCCCCUCCACAGGGAUUUGGGGCUGGAAAAGGGUGUUUUGCAAAAGGAACGGCUGUAAAACAUGGGUGCGGGGCCGUGCACACUGGGGCAUCCCUGCAGCUGUGAGGGGUCCCCCAAGCUGAGUCCCCCAUCCUUGGACAUCGGGCCACCCCAUGCCCCCUGAAGCCCCAGGGUCCUUGGCCCUGGCACCGGGCUCUUCCCUUGAUUUGGAUUUUGUUUGGACUUGCCUGAUUCCUGAGCUUGGGAAAAGGGAGACGGCAGCUCUGCUGCUUCCCUCUGGAUGGUAAAUCUGAAACGCAACCCGCUGAGCCCGGACUGGGAUGGAAAAGUGGAGAUUGCCUAAACUGCAUGUUUCACGAGAGUCUAAGUUACCUGGUGAUGUUGAUCUUUUAUAUUAUAAUUUUUUUUUUAUUUGUUUAUUUGCUUUUUGGUUUUGGCUGGCGGCAAGUUGUGGUUUAGGUUCAAAUGAUGCGGGUAGACGGGCGGCCUGGGUACCCACGAGAUGCUUUGUGGGAGGCAAGAAAACCACCUGGUUGUUGGUCUCUUUGUUUUUAACUUCAAAUAGCUGCCUGUAACAGCUCCUGCCUUUUUCCUUUCGUUCUGCCUGUGUCAUACUGUUCACACGGCGGAGGAGCGGACGCGCUCUGGCCAGCCUUGUAAUCAUCCCGGCUGGAGGGAGGAGAGGAGCAGGAGAAAAACUGCCUUGGCCUCUGGAGAAGGGGGGCGGGGGGAGAAAGAAGGAAAAAAAAGGCA